GAAGCAACACACUCUGCUAUAAAUACCCGUCUCGUAUCUGCUGCCGUCUGUAUUCACACACUGAACCUGGAGGACCCUCAGAUCCACUGGAUUCAUUUCCUGCACGGCUUUUCAAACUCUCCUUCUGGACGAGGGUUUUUUGAACGUCUGAUUUGACCCCGGUGCGCUGUGUUUUGGACGGAGAAGCUAUGGGAGACUAUUGGGGCGAAAUAGCCAGUGAGAGGGUGUCCCGAGCCAUGUCCCUGGGAAACGAUGAGGAGGCGGUGCUGGACCAGGGGAAUACCAGCUCCACCCUCUACACCAACUUUGAGAAGGAAGAACUGGAGAGUCACAGAGCCGUGUACGUGGGCGUCCAUGUUCCUCUGGGUCGAGAGACUCGCCGGCGGCACCGUCACCGAGGACACCGACAUCACAGGAAACGCAGGGGCCGCUCCGACCGGGAGGACGGGCGAGAGUCGCCGUCAAACGACACGCCGUCCCAGAGGGUGCAGUUCAUCCUGGGGACGGAGGACGGAGACGAGGAGCACAUUCCCCACGACCUGUUCACCGAACUGGACGAGAUCACCUUCAGAGACGGAGACUUCCAGGAGUGGAAGGAGACGGCCAGGUGGCUGAAGUUCGAGGAGGACGUGGAGGACGGGGGCGAGCGCUGGAGUAAACCCUACGUGGCGACGCUGUCUCUCCACAGCCUGUUCGAGCUGCGCUCCUGCAUCCUGCACGGCACCGUGCUGCUGGACAUGAGGGCGAGCGGCAUCGAGGAGAUCGCAGACAGGGUGAUUGACAGCAUGCUGGCGUCGGGUCAGCUGGAGGAGGCGGUCAGGGAGAAGGUGAAGGAGACCAUGAUGCGGCGCCACCACCAUCAGAGCGAGAAGAAGCUGAGCAACCGCAUCCCGCUGGUCCGCUCCUUCGCCGACAUCGGAAAGAAACACUCCGACACUCAUCUGCUGGAGCGAAACGGCCUGCUGGCGUCUCCUCACUCGGCUCCAGGAAACCUCGACAGCAAGAACAGCGAGAGAGAGAGUCGCCUCAACGGAGGAAACAGCCGGGAGAACAGCACCGACUUCAGCAGGGUGGACAUGAACUUCAUGAAGAAGAUCCCCCCCGGUGCAGAGGCCUCCAACGUGCUGGUGGGGGAGGUGGACUUCCUGCAGAGACCCAUCAUCGCCUUCAUCCGGCUCGCCCCCGCCAUGCUGCUCAGCGGCCUCACGGAGGUGCCGGUGCCCACCAGGUUCCUCUUCCUGCUGCUCGGCCCGUUUGGAAAAGGUCCGCAGUACCACGAGAUCGGGCGCUCCAUCGCCACGCUGAUGACAGACGAGAUCUUCCACGACGUUGCCUACAAGGCGAAGGACCGGACGGACCUGCUGUCGGGGAUCGAUGAGUUCCUGGAUCAGGUGACCGUUCUCCCGCCGGGGGAAUGGGACCCCAGCAUCCGCAUCGAACCCCCGAAGAGCGUCCCCUCCCAGGAGAAGAGGAAAUUGCCGUCGGCGCAGAAUGGCUCCGCCCACAGCUGUGACAUCAUCAAGGAGUCGGAGCAUCAGGCGGGGCCAGAGCUGCAGAGGACGGGCCGGGUCUUCGGGGGUUUGGUGAACGACGUCCGCAGGAAGAUCCCGUUCCUGUGGAGCGACGUGCGGGACGCCGUCAGCCUGCAGUGCGUCGCCUCCGUCCUCUUCCUCUACUGCGCCUGCAUGUCGCCCGUCAUCGCCUUCGGGGGGCUGCUGGGGGAGGCCACCAAGGGGGACAUCAGUGCCAUAGAGUCUCUGUUCGGCGCCUCGAUGACCGGCGUGGCGUACUCUCUGUUCGCCGGGCAGCCGCUCACCAUCCUGGGCAGCACCGGCCCAGUUCUGGUCUUUGAGAAGAUCCUCUUCACUUUCUGCAGUGAUUACGGCCUGUGCUACCUGUCUCUGCGCACCAGCAUCGGGCUCUGGACGGCCUUCCUCUGCUUGCUGCUGGUCGCCACCGACGCCAGCUCCAUGGUCUGCUACAUCACCCGCUUCACCGAGGAGGCCUUCGCUUCCCUCAUCUGCAUCAUCUUCAUCUACGAGGCUCUGCAGAAGCUGGUGCACCUCGGGAAGCAGUUUCCCAUCAACAUGCACAACCAGCUGGACAACCUCACCUUAUACACGUGCCGCUGCUCUCCUCCUGCCAACGCCUCCACAGACACCCUGCAUCAGUGGAGCAACUCAAACGCUACCUCAGAAAACAUCCGCUGGGACGAGCUGACAGUGAAGGACUGUAAGGAGUUCGGGGGGGUGUUUGAGGGCUCGGCUUGUGGCCCCCUCGGCCCCUACGUCCCCGACGUCCUCUUCUGGUCCGUCAUCCUCUUCUUCACCACCUUCUUCCUCUCCUCCUUCCUCAAACAGUUCAAGACCAAACGGUACUUCCCCACCAAGGUGCGCUCCACCAUCAGUGACUUCGCCGUGUUCCUCACCAUCACCAUCAUGGUGCUGCUGGACUACCUGGUGGGGGUUCCUUCUCCAAAGCUGCACGUUCCCGACCGCUUCCAGCCCACGUCGAGCUCCCGCGGCUGGCUGAUCUCUCCUCUGGGGACCAACCCGUGGUGGACGCUGCUGGCGGCGGCGGUUCCCGCGCUGCUCUGCACGAUCCUCAUCUUCAUGGACCAGCAGAUCACCGCCGUCAUCGUCAACAGGAAGGAGAACAAGCUGAAGAAGGGCUGUGGCUAUCACCUGGACCUGCUCAUCGUGGCGGUGAUGCUAGGCGUCUGCUCCAUCAUGGGCCUGCCGUGGUUCGUGGCGGCGACCGUGCUCUCCAUCUCGCACGUCAACAGUCUGAAGCUGGAGUCGUGCUGCGCGGCGCCCGGAGAGCAGCCCAAGUUCCUGGGCAUCAAAGAGCAGCGCGUCACCGGGUUCAUGAUCUUCUUCCUGAUGGGCUGCUCCGUCUUCAUGACCUCCGCCCUCAAGCUGAUCCCGAUGCCGGUCCUGUACGGAGUCUUCCUCUACAUGGGCGUGUCCUCGCUCAAAGGCAUCCAGCUGUUUGACCGCAUCAAGCUGUUCUGCAUGCCGGCCAAACACCAGUCGGACCUGAUCUACCUGCGCUACGUGCCUCUGUGGAAGGUGCACGUGUUCACCUGUGUGCAGCUCACCUGCCUCAUCGUCCUCUGGACCAUCAAAGCCUCGGCCGCCGCCGUCGUCUUCCCCAUGAUGGUCCUGGCUCUGGUGUUUAUCCGGAAGCUUCUGGACUUCUGCUUCACAAAGAGAGAGCUGAGCUGGCUGGACGACCUGAUCCCGGAGAGCAAGAAGAAGAAGGAGGACGACAAGAAGAAGAGGGAGAAGGAGGACGCUGAGAGGAGGAUGAUGGAGGAGGUGGAUGACGAUGCUCCGUACGACAUCAGCUUCCCGAUUCAAGCCCUGAAGGGACGUGCGGACCCCUCGGAGGUGAACAUCUCAGAUGAAAUGUCUAAGAGUGGGAUCUGGAGGUCGAUGAACUCUGACAGCGGCAGAGCUCUGAAACGCUGCAGCAGUCAGGAGAAGCUGCCGAGCGUCCAGAUCAGCGUGGAGAACGAGGACGGGCGCAGAGUCAUGGACGCUGAGACCCCGUUAUGAUGCAGCGCCUCCUUAUGAUGCCUCGUUAUGACGCAGCGCCUCGUUAUGACGCACCUCGUUAUUACGCCUCGUUAUGACGCACCUCGUUAUGACGCAGCGCCUCGUUAUGACGCAGCGCCUCGUUAUGACGCAGCGCCUCGUUAUGACGCAGCGUCUCGUUAUGACGCAGGAGGACGGGGGCACCAAUCACUGAGGUCAAAAGUCUGGGGGGAACAGCCAAUCAUGCUUCACCUCACCUCACCGUGCGUUUUCUCUAACGAGGUGAAUUUUUUAUAUUGUCAUCGUUUUAAGAUGAGACCCCAGGAGCCAAAAUGGCCGCCGACUUAAGAAACAGCUUCCUCAGUUUCUUUGGUCAGAUUUAAAAAAACAACUGAAUUAUAAUUGUAAUCGUUUUUUAAUUGUUUUGACAAGGCUCUUCACCUCAGACCUAUUUAAUUUAAUCCAUCAUGCUGAUUGUGUGUCUGUGUGUCUGUGCAUGUGUGUGUUUGUUCACCGUUGUGCCUGAAUGACGUCACUGCGUAUUGACAUUUUAAUAAAUUCGGUUUGGUGACGACCAACA